AUGAAAGCUGAAGCUCUUGCAGCGUUCAAACGAUGCUGCGAUGCUGUAUCACCUUAUUCUUGUGUUAAAAAGCUCGUUGUCACUUCUUCAUCGAAUGCCGUUUCAUUGCCAUUAUCGACAUCUACUCGUUUUGUUGUCACUGCUUUUGGAAAAGCAUCGAUUCCCAUGGCUAUGGCGGCUGAGCAUCAACUAGGACAACGAAUGCACGACGGAAUCGUCAUUGCUCCGAGUACUUUAGAAAACAGAGAGACGACCCUACGUUCGCGAGUAUUCUAUGGUGCCAGGAACAAUUUACCUGAUUCGGACUCCGUGGCUGCCACCACGGAGGCUCUUCACUCUAUUCAGAAGAACGAUGCGGAUGAUGUUAUAUUCCUUUUUCUAAUUUCAGGAGGCGGUUCGGCUUUGUUCUGUGCCCCUGAUGGUAUCUCGUUAGCCACUAAACUUUCCACCAUAAAAACACUAACAUCAAACGGUGCCGAUAUACGGGUCCUCAAUGCAUUUAGACAGAAGCUGUCCUCAGUGAAAGGGGGAAAGACGCUCAAUUUCGUCAGAAAGGGGACGGUGGUGAGCCUGAUCAUAUCGGACAUGAUUGGUGACCUCAUACAAUUCAUUGCCAGUGGUCCUACUAUUCCACAGACCCGUCAAUGCAAGAAAUGUCCCAGAAAAUUAUUACAUCUCCAAAAUGGACAUCCUUCGAAACUUCAUAAGAAAUCACCGAAAACUAACACAGAUGGUAAGUUCACCCAUCGUGCACUUCUUCAGGAGUCUUCGCUGCCUUCGUUGCGCAAUCGUGAACCAUACAAUAUCAUCAUUGCCUCGAAUAACUAUGCUCUUCAAGAGAUGAAAGAUUUCUUCACAUCGCUUGGGUAUGAUUCGCACAUUGUUAGCUCUACUCUCGAGGGGAAUGCUGCAGAAGCGGGGCGAUACUUUGCCGAGCUGAUCACUGCAGGAAAAGACAGUCUGCUCACAAAGUUGGAUAGAUUCGGCAAGAAAAUCAAAACCUCUUUAGGACGUAAGGUUGCCUUACUGUUCGGUAGCGAGACGACUGUUGUACUUCGUGGUAAAGGGCGAGGAGGUCGAUGUCAAGAAAUGACACUUUCUUGCCUAGUAUCCCUCAGCUCCAACUCUGAUCCCCUUCCAGCGUUCCUAUUCCUGGCCGCAGGAACUGAUGGGCAGGAUGGGCCCACAGAUGCAGCUGGGGCAUUCAUUUCUAACGACGAUCUCAAAGAUGAUUUUGUAAAAGAGGCUGAAAGCUACUUGAACACGUCGAAUUCAUAUGGGUUCUGGUCUGUAUUUCAAAAUGGUAAAAACCACGUCAAACCGGGACCAACAGGCACCAAUGUCAUGGACGUUCAAAUAGUUUUGCUUCACUUCGAAUGA